AUGGAGUAUAGACCACCUAUGAAACCUAAUAGAGAAAUUCCUCCAUCUAUUGCUUAAAUUCAAUAAGAAUAAAGAAUGAAAUUCCAAUUAUAAUAGAUACAGUCCAAAAUCAUUGAAGAAAGACCAAAUUUUUAAGAAAUGUAAGGUGGAUAAUCUCCAAAUAAACCAUGGUUAGGAGAAGAUAUAUAUAUGGUUGUAUUUCUACUUACUGUUGAAAAUGAUCGAUUAAGAGAAGAAAAUACUCAGAUUUAGCAACUUAUUAAUACUAGUGAAAUGAGAUAUAAAGGAGUAGAUUUGGUUGAAAAUGAAGUUAUAUCAUAAAGAAUAAAAAUUGGUGAAUAUGAGAAGAAAUUAGCUCAAUUAUAAAUGGAAUGUGAAUAAUGGAGAGUUAAAUAUUAGAAUAGAGAUAAAGAAAGUGAGGAUUAAAGAUAUCAAAAUGAACUUUAAAGAAGAAUUCAAGUAGAUAGAGAAAUAAGAGAACUUACAGCUAGAUUUAUUGCAGAUAGAAAUCAAUUAGAAUAAGAAAAUAGAUAAUUAAGAAUUGAAUUAGAUUAAAUUAAAUUAUCAAAAUAUUCUUUUGAAGAUCAUAAGAAAUUAUCUGAAUAAUUAUAAAAAGAAAAUUAAAAAUUAAAAUAAGAAUUAGAUUCAUUAAAGUAUAUAUUAAAUAUUAUUUUAUUAGAAAAGGUUUUGAUGAAUUAGAAUAUGUAUUAUAAACUGCUGGAGAUUUAGAAUAAGAAAAUUAAUAACUUAAAAUGUAAAUUGAUACACUUUAAAAAUAAAUACAAUAAUUACAAUAAUAACAAUAAUUAUAAUAAUAAUAAUAAAUACCUUAAAGACCAUAAUCAUCUAAUAGAAUUGAACUAUGUAAUUAAAUCAAUUAUUAUCUCUAGCUAAUUCUAAUUAUAAUAUUAUGUAAGAGAAUAAGAGAUUAAAAGAUGAAAUUGAUAGAUUAAGAACAUUACUCAAUUUAGGAACUGGAAAUUAUUCUAAACCAUUUAUGUGA